UAGAGAACAAUUCUGAAUUUUAUUUUAAUAAAUAAAUUCAGUAUAUGAAAGUGACUGGCUGACUGCAGACUAAUUUGUUUCUCGAAAGGGGAAGAAGAAGAAGAAUAAGAACCGUAGAAACUACAUGAAGAUGAAGAGAAAAAUCAAAUUCAGUUUUUCCGUUGAUCUCCAAUGGUAGAGAAAAUAUUUAAUUGAAAAUCGAAUUGUCGACAAAAGAAUAAAAUCUGAAGUUAAUUUCAAUCGGCGGCGAUGGUGGUAGUCGGUGCAGCGAUGGGGAUGAUGAGCGGCACGCUGGUGUAUUACCACUGCGCCUACCGGAAUUCCAGCGCGGUUUCUCUCUUCGCCGACGUCUUCAUCGUGCUCCUCUGUUCGCUGGCGAUCCUAGGUCUCCUCUUCCGCCACAUGAACAUCGCCGUUCCCGUUGACCCGCUCCACUGGCAGAUCUCGCAGGACGCCGCCACCUCUCUCUUCGCCUGCCUCGCCAACACCCUCGGCGCCGCCGAGUCCGUCCUCCGCGUCGCCGCCACCGGCCACGACAAGCGCCUCUUCCUCAAGGUGGUAUCCUGUCUUUAUGUACUCUCAGUAAUUGGGAGAGCAAUCUCCGGCGUCACCGUUGCUUAUAUCGGAUUGUGCUUGUUGUGCCUCUACAUGGUUGUUGAGAAUUCAGAAACGAACAACACGUGUUUGGCGAGGUUUUCCGGGAAAAGAGAUGCUUCAAAUUCUGUUCAAGAUAACACAUAAUCUUUCUCCAUGCUUCUGCAGUAAGCAUGUUCUUGUUCAUACUGCUAGUCGCUACGUUUGCCAUCGAUCACUUGUUGCAGCCGAUCAUAGAAACUUUGCUCCUGGUCGUGUUCUUACCAGAGAUGAGAAGUUACACUUUGUUUGGUUCUUAAACUUAUAUGUUUCACUGGUGAUUUUUAGUUUUGAUCAAAUUUAGUUGGACUUUGUACUUUACUAGUUUUUUUAGCCUCGUGACUGAACAUAUGUGCGUGAAUGAAUGAUAAAGAUUUAUCGGAUGUAUUUCACACGAUAUGCGAAGGUGAAGGUAAAGGGAGUUUUCGUUGCUUAUAGAAGAAACUGGUCAAAUCUAUGAUAGUAAUGAAACACAUGUUAUACAGUUUAAAGUGUACAUCGGUUAUAUCUUUAUCGUUUAU